CAGGCCGUGGACGUCCUGUCCCUCCAUCUGUCAGUGAACGCAUCAAACCAAUGUGAAACGCUGGCAUUUAACUAAAGCUGCCGCCCCCUUUUCCUCACUCUCCGCUGGUUGCAUUUCUUGGAUUGACUGCGACAGCUGCCGAUGUGUUGUUCAUCUUCGUGAAGUUGGGACAAAACCAAAAGACAUGCCGCUGGCUCGCAGCCUCUCUGUCACGUCCCUGUCAGGACUGGAGGAGUGGGACGAGGAGUUUGAAUUGGAAGAUGCUAUUCUUUUUGAAAUUGCGUGGGAGGUUGCAAACAAAGUUGGAGGCAUCUAUACCGUCAUCCAGACCAAAGCCCGUCUGACCUCAGAGGAAUGGGGGGAGAACUAUUUCCUGGUGGGUCCCUACGUAGAGAGCAACGUGCGCACACAGGUGGAGUUGAUCGAGCCCACCAACCCCGUGCUGAAGAGAACCAUUGACAAGAUGAACUCCAGUGGGUGUAAGGUCUACUUUGGGCGGUGGCUUAUUGAGGGCAGUCCAUAUGUUGUUCUGAUUGAUGUGGGGUUCACCGCCUGGUCUCUGGACACCUGGAAGAGCGAGUUGUGGGAGUUAUGCGACAUUGGCGUGCCGUGGUUCGACCGCGAGGCCAACGAUGCUGUGCUGUUUGGCUUCCUGACGGCCUGGCUCCUAGGAGAGUACGCAGCCCAGAGCGAGGAGCCUCCACACAUCGUGGCCCAUUUCCAUGAGUGGUUGGCCGGUCUGGGCCUGGUGUUGUGUAGGCAGAGACAGCUGCCUGUUGCAACCAUCUUCACCACUCAUGCCACACUGCUGGGUCGAUACCUGUGUGCUGGAAAUGUGGACUUCUAUAACAAACUUGCAGACUUCAAUGUGGAUAAGGAAGCAGGCGAUAGACAGAUCUACCACCGCUACUGUUUGGAGCGGGCGGCUGCUCACUGUGCCCACGUCUUCACCACUGUGUCACAGAUCACAGCUAUUGAGGCUGAGCAUCUGCUUAAGAGAAAACCAGACAUUGUUACUCCCAAUGGGCUCAACGUGAAGAAGUUCUCAGCCGUGCAUGAGUUUCAAAACCUCCACGCUCAGAGCAAGAAUCGGAUUCAGGAAUUCGUCAGGGGACACUUCUACGGGCACCUUGACUUCAACCUGGACAAGUGUUUGUUCCUCUUUAUUGCCGGAAGGUAUGAGUUCUCCAACAAAGGAGCUGACCUCUUCUUGGAAGCUUUAGCCAGACUCAACUAUCUACUGAGAGUCAAUCACAGCGACGUAACCGUCAUUGCAUUCUUCAUCAUGCCAGCUCGGACAAACAACUUCAACGUUGAGACCUUGAAGGGCCAAGCAGUCAGGAAACAGCUCUGGGAUACUGCUCAGACUGUGAAGGAACGUUUUGGAAAGAAACUUUAUGAGUCACUUUUAGUCGGGCAGCUGCCAGAUGUGUCAAAGAUGUUGGACAAAGAGGACUUCACCAUAAUGAAGCGUGCCAUCUUCGCGACUCAGAGACAAUGCCAGCCUCCAAUCUGCACCCAUAACAUGCUGGAGGACAGCAGCGAUCCAAUCCUCAACUGUGUCCGCCGUAUCGGCCUUUUCAACAGCUCCGCUGACCGCGUCAAGAUUAUCUUCCAUCCAGAGUUCCUUUCGUCCACAUCUCCUCUACUUCCGAUGGAUUAUGAGGAGUUUGUAAGAGGCUGUCACCUUGGCGUCUUUCCCUCUUACUAUGAGCCUUGGGGCUACACUCCAGCUGAGUGCACAGUCAUGGGAAUUCCAUCAAUCUCAACUAACCUGUCAGGAUUUGGCUGCUUCAUGGAGGAACACAUAGCAGACCCCUCAGCUUAUGGUAUUUACAUCCUGGACCGGCGAUAUCGGGGGGUCGACGAGUCUUGUAACCAGCUCACGUCCUUCCUGUUUCAGUUCUGCAAGCAGAGCCGGCGCCAGCGGAUCAUCCAGAGGAACCGCACUGAGCGUCUGAGCGAACUCUUGGACUGGAGAUACCUCGGCAGGUAUUAUAUAUCUGCCCGUCAUAUGGCCCUGGCUAAAGCGUUCCCUGACACCUACAUGUAUGAACUUCAUGAGCCCACAUCAACCUCAGGUUUCCGUUACCCGCGACCAGCCUCUGUGCCACCAUCUCCAGCUCUGUCCCGCCACUCCUCCCCUCGCCACAGCGAGGCUGAGGACAACGAUGAGGACGAACGUUACGAUGAGGAUCUGGAGGCAGAGAAGGACCGGGUGAACAUCCGCCAGCCCUACGUCAUGCCAUUGAAAAACAAGUCCACUGCAGCUCUGGGGGCCAAUGGAAACAGCGAAGGUGUCACAAGCGACAAAAACUGAGACACACACACACACACAGUAAAUGCUACACCUCACUAUUGAAACUCUAUCUGUGGCAAUUGUUAAAGUCAUCCAUGUACUUUAUAAAUGAAUCCAGUUGUGUGAUUGCGAGUGAUAAAUUUAAUAUCAGCUUGUUGUGAAAAACUGCAUCACUGUCGGUGUCUUCUCGACCUGUUCAUACCUCAAAAUUUUUAGAAAAAAUCUGUCCGUUGGAUAUGUUUUGGUAUUUUUUUCAGUUACACCAGCAAUGCAACCAGUGAUUUGCUUUGUGGAGUAAAUGCAGCAGCUAGAAAGGGCUAACAGCUCGUCACGGAAAACAAAUCAGGAUUGCUGGAUUUUGUAGUGUACUAACACUGGAUAACAUAUUGUAGGUCUGAAGCCUUGAAACAAUAAUAGAGGGUUAUUUUGAGUCUCUGGAGGGUUUUUUAUACUUGAUUCAAAGGUGGGUCCGAGCAGGGAAAAGAACACAAUCCUCAUUUUUACCAGAUAAUCAUCUUCACACAUUCAAAGCAAUUUCCUGGUUUAAAAAAGGUUCUGUUGCUGUGAAUACCCACAAAGAGCACCCGUUCUGUUUACUUGUUUUUGGCUUAAAAGCGUGGUGAUGAUACUGUGCUUUAAAAUCCACCUUGUAGCAUCUUUUUCUUUCUUUUAAAUGCCUUGUUUACUACAAAACUUCCCAGAAUGGAAGUAAAAUGUAGAACACGCACACAUUCACAUCAAGAAAAUUGCAUCAGAAAACUAAAAAACUGAUGUCAUUUUGAGAAUGUUUAGUGUGUGUGUUUUCAUUUUCUUUCCACGCCUUACUGUAUUGCAGCCUUUCAGUGACGAUCGCUGUUGAACAACCUCACACUCCUCUUUGUCUGUCUGUGUGUGUGCUUAUGUUGAUUAUUCCUGUAACAAAUAUUUAUUUGUGAAGGGAAAAGAGCUUUGACCGAAAGAUUAAAAAAAAGGGACAAUGU